AUGGACGACGUGGGUGCGUCCCAGACCUCCCAGUCGCCGCCGCCCGUAGGGUUUCAUUCAUUCCGCGCCCGUCCGGCGGGCCGCCGUGGCGCAGCCCGCCCCUCCUCUAACGGUUCGGUCCCUUGCACGAGUCGUUCCGGGACGGCUCGGAGCUCCAUCCCCAGCGGCGGCCCCGUGCGGCGGCGGCGCAGUCGCAGUCCGCGUCCCCGGGGUUUGCAGCUGCACGGCCCCCGCGUGACCGUUAGAACCGCGCGCGGGCGGCGCUUUGACUGCGGGGGCGGCUUCGCGAAGUUUCCGUGUCGCUUCUCCGCGGAGGUCGUCCGCCAAGCUGGGAGUGCUCCCUUGCCCACACCUGCGUCUGCCUGCCCACGUCCACCUGGGGGUGGAGGGGCUGCCGGCACAGGGCUGACUCUGAAGCAGGAACCUUCAGAAGAGCAGUCUUGCGGGGGGGCUGGGCCCGGCCGGUGCCCGGAGCUUCGGCAGGCAGCCGGAGGGCCUGGCCUCUGUGAGGAGGAGGGCACUGCCGCAGGCUCUGGGGCCUCCCGUCCCGGUCCAGACCCUCCUGAGAACCCCGGCUGGCGGGGCGGCCUGGGGAGCUCCAGGAUCGCGCGGGGAGACCCCCGGAAGGGGCGGCCCUAUGCGUGCGGCACCUGCGGCCGCAGCUUCGCGUGCCACUCCGACGCGGUGAAGCACCGCAGCCUCCACCUCGGCCAGAAGCCGUUCGCCUGCAGCGACUGCGGGAAGGCCUUCAUCCACAGCUCGCACGUGGUCCGGCACCAGCGGACCCACCACGGGGAGCGGCCCUACAGCUGCGAGGCGUGCGGCAAGGCCUUCAGCCAGAGCUUCAACCUUGUCCGCCACCAGCGCACCCACACCGGGGAGAAGCCCUACGAGUGCGCCGAGUGCGGCAAGGCGUUCGGCCAGCGGUCGGACGCCGCCAAGCACCAGCGCGCCCACACCGGGGAGAGGCUGUACGAGUGCCGGGAGUGCGGGAAGGCCUUCCUCCACAGCUCCAACGUCGUGCGGCACCAGCGGACGCACCACGGGGAGAACCCCUACGCGUGCCCGGAGUGCGGCCAGGCCUUCAGCCAGAGCUCCAACCUCCUCCAGCACCGGCGCGUGCACAGCGGGGAGCGGCCCUACGCCUGCGCCGACUGCGGCCGCGCCUUCAGCCGCAGCUCCUUCCUGCGCGAGCACCGGCGCAUCCACACCGGCGAGAAGCCCUUCGAGUGCGGCGUGUGCGGCCGCGCCUUCCGCGCGCUCUCGGGCUUCUUCCGCCACCAGCGCGUCCACACGGGCGAGAGGCCGUUCCGCUGCACCCAGUGCGGCAGGGCUUUCGGCCUGAGUUCCCACCUCAUCCAGCACCAGCGGGUGCACGGCCCGGAGUGAGCUGUAAGGGGCCGUGGCGUGGAGGA